AUGAAGACACUGUGGCUGAGGGUCUCCACAAGCUGGGGCGCUCCGCCCCUGGCAUCGAAUUCGUUUAUCUUAAUCUGUCACUUUCAGUGAGUAUAACGGGAGGGACCUUGGGGCACCCCUUCAAUGUCUCCUGCUACUGUGUAUCUCUUGGGAGAGCUAGAUCUUUCUUGUAUCAGUCACAUGCCUCACUUACUAGAACUGGAUGCUUCCAACAAUGAAUUGACUACGUAUUUCGUUUUUAAGCCACCUAAAAAUCUCAAGGAAGUAGAUUUUUCAUACAAUCAAAUACCUAAAAUGCAAGACUUGUCAGCAUACCAGUCACUUACUAAACUCUUGCUGGAUUUUAAUAACAUAGAGGAGAUAAGAGGACUGGAGAAGUGUCACAGUCUGACUCAUCUUAGUUUGUCACACAACAGACUCACCGCAAUCGGUGGCCUUGAGAAUUUACCUAUCAGAAUACUCAAUCUGAGCUCUAACCAGAUUGAGAAGAUAACUGGGUUGGACAGCUUGAAAACUCUACAGAAGCUGGACCUAUCUAGUAAUAAAAUAACAAGUCUAGAAGGCUUGGAGGAGCAUGAUCUACUAGAGAUGAUCAACCUAGAGGAUAACCAGAUUGCUGAGCUGCGUGAACUUGAAUGUAUUGCAGAUCUGCCUCUCCUCAGAGUUUUAAAUCUUUUAAAAAAUCCUGUACAGGAGCAAACAGAUUAUUGGCUUUUGGUGAUCUUCAUGUUGCUCCAACUAACAGAACUGGAUCUCAAGAAGAUUUCAGUGGAAGAAAAGGUUGCUGCUGUGAAUAAAUAUGAUCCUCCUCCAGAAGUUGUUGCUGCAAAAGAUCAUAUGACUCAUGUUAUGUAUAGCAUGCUGCAGCCCCAGAGAAUCUUUGACAGCACUUUACCUAGUCUUGAUGCUCCCUACCCCAUGCUGGUAUUAGCUGGCCCUCUAGCCUGUGGUAAGAGAGAGCUUACUCAUAAGAUCUGCAGACAGUUCAACAAUUUCUUCAGAUAUGGUCCCUGUCACACUACCAGGGCAGCUUACUUUGGUGAAGAAAACAGACUUGAUUACUAUUUCGUUUCUCAAGAAGCAUUUGACAAAAUGGUGAACACAGGGAAGUUUAUAGCAACCUUUAAAUACAGUGGCUAUUACUACGGACUUGGAAGAGACACUGUAGAAUCCAUUGCCAGAGAGGGUCUUGCAACCUGUGUUCACUUAGAAAUAGAGGGUGUGCGUAGCUUGAAAAAUACCUACUUUAAACCCAGAUAUAUCCUGUUAGUACCAAUGAACAAAGAAAAAUAUGAGGGACAUUUGCGGAGGAAAGGAUUAUUCAGCAGGCCAGAGAUUGAAGAGGCAGUCUCCAGAGUGGACAUGUACAUCAAAAUAAGUCAGGAUUUUCCAGGAUACUUUGAUGCAGUAGUCAACACAGAUGAAUUGGAUGAGGCGUUCACAGAGCUGAGUUUCCUCGUAAAGGCAUACCUGGGUUUGGAGCCACCUGCAGCUUUUGAUAGCAUUCAGGACUUGAAUAGCAGAGCAGGAGCAGGUUCAAGAAUACGGAUCUUACAAGAGCAAAGAUUGUCACCCGGUGGAGUAAUCACUGGAACUACUCGGUCUUCGUCUGUCAAUGAGUUCUUGGACUCUUCUGCCAAAAAAUAUCCAGAAGGCAUCUCGGACAAACUUGCUGCACAACUGGGCUCUCUGGAAGAAGCUUCUCUCCAAAGGCGUCGUUCUGCAGCACGUCAGGCUCUGUCAGGGAAGGCACCCAGUGCAUAUGUCCAGCUGUUUCAAAGGGACCUGGCAGUCACUCCUGCACCGAGCAGCUCCCGUCAACAAUUACUGGAACCACCAAUACAUGCUGAUGGAAGGACUGUCACCCGAGACCAGAGCUUCCCCCUGCCUAACCCAGAGAGCCGCUGCAGAGACUCUGGCCCUGCUAGCGGACCAUUUCUAAUCUCAGCUGGUGCAUCUGCGAGUGAAGGUCUGGCGGUUCGGACUUCUGGUCCCCAUGCUUGUCUUACUGAAGAAGCCAAAGCUGAGCAUCAAGAUCCAAGAGGAGCUAAAAAUGGAGUGGACAGAUUGAAAGAGACUGAACUCCCUAGUGACAAUCUUCAGAGAAAAUACAGCAAGUCCAAGACUGGUUCUUCUCAUGUGCCUCAGCUCAUCAACUGGCCAGGCUCCCACUCCAAGCUUGUCCUACCUCCAAUCCCGCCUGGGCGCAAGCGGACCGACCCUCGAUAG